CUCUCCUCUGAUUGGCUAAUUUUGCUGCAGACGUAACAGAGCGUCAGCUUUUGUAACAGAGUCAACGUGCGGGUUACCAAACACAAAUUUUUACAGUAAACAGAGAAACCCAUCUAACAAGCGGAAGUGUUACCUUGUUAAUGCACAUCUAAGGUUCGCCGGCAUGACUCAUACAUGUGUUCACUGGUUCCGCAAGGGACUCAGACUACAUGACAACCCAGCACUGAUGGCUGCUCUGAGGGACUGCAAGGAGCUGUAUCCAGUGUUCAUCCUGGAUCCAAACCUCCACAACGACGCCCGUGUAGGCAUCAACCGCUGGAGGUUCCUCAUCGGAGCCCUCAAAGACCUGGACUGCAGCCUCAGAAAACUCAACUCCAGACUCUUUGUGGUGAGAGGAACUCCGGAGGAUGUGUUCCCCAAGCUGUUCAACAAGUGGAAAGUAACAAAGCUGACCUAUGAGUAUGACACAGAGCCCCACAGUCUGAGUCGGGACAAAACAGUGACCACACUGGCCAAAAAAAAUGGAGUCGAAGUCAUCUACAAAAUCUCACAUACUCUUUAUGACAUAGACAGGGUAAUUGAGGAAAACAAUGGGAAAGCUCCCCUUGCUUAUAACCGUAUGCAGGCAAUAGUGAAGACUCUUGGUCCUCCUAAGAGGCCUAUCCCUGCACCCACCAUGGAAAAUAUGAAAGGUGUGAUGACCCCUUGUUCAGAAAACCAGGACGAGAAAUAUGGCAUCCCCACAUUGGAGGAGCUGAACCUGAAAACUGCAGGUCUUGGAGAGGAGCAGUAUCCAGGAGGAGAACAGGAGGCUCUGAGGAGACUGGAUGAGCAUAUGAAAAGAAAGGAAUGGGUGUGUAGCUUUGAGAAGCCGCAGACUUCUCCAAACUCUUUGAAUCCCAGCACCACUGUUCUCAGUCCAUAUGUCACUUUUGGCUGCCUCUCUGCACGCACCUUCUGGUGGAGGCUGACAGACGUCUAUCACGGGAAGAAGCACUCAGAUCCUCCAGUUUCCCUCCAUGGCCAGCUUCUGUGGAGAGAGUUCUUCUACACAGCUAGUGUGGGUAUCCCUAACUUUAACAAGAUGGAGGACAACUCUGUUUGUACCCAGGUGGAUUGGGACACAAACCCUGAAUAUCUGGCUGCAUGGAGAGAGGCUCGGACCGGUUUUCCAUUCAUUGAUGCCAUCAUGACUCAGCUGAGGCAGGAGGGCUGGAUCCACCACCUGGCCAGACAUGCUGUUGCUUGUUUUCUCACCAGGGGAGACCUGUGGAUCAGCUGGGAAGAAGGGCAGAAGGUGUUUGAGGAGCUUCUGUUGGAUGGCGACUGGGCUCUGAAUGCUGGAAACUGGCAGUGGCUUUCAGCAAGUGCCUUCUUCCACCAGUACUUCAGAGUCUACUCCCCUGUCGCAUUUGGCAAGAAAACAGACAAAAACGGAGACUACAUCAAAAAGUAUCUUCCUACUCUGAAAAAGUUCCCGGCUGAAUAUAUCUAUGAGCCAUGGAAAGCUCCACGUAGUAUCCAGCAGGCAGCAGGAUGCAUUGUGGGAAAAGACUAUCCACGUCCUAUUGUACAGCACGAAGUGAUCAGCAAGAAGAACAUCCAGAGGAUGAAGUCAGCGUAUGCCAAGAGGUCUGCACACAUUGCAGAAUCACCCAACAAAAAGCAAGGUGUAAAGCGUAAGGCACCAUCUGUCCUUGACAUGCCGAAGAUAAAAAUGAGAAACAAGUAAUGUUUGCACACUAGACUGGAAGCUAAUGUGGUUGAUCAGAGACUAUUCUCAUUUACGUGUGCAGGCAGCCUACUUCAUCUUUGUUACAAUUUUAUAUUUCAGGCGCUGUGCGUAUUUUUACUUUUCAUACUAUAUUUCAGUGUCAUUUAGCUUAGGCAAGAAUUAUAUUUGGAGAAUAUUUCAUGCAUGAACAAGUUCAAAUUUGUAAACCUAAACCUUUGAAGACUUCGGGUUGUAUUGAGACUGGUUCUGUCUGCUUAUUAUUUUUCUAACCAAAAUCAUAAACUGUUGCACCCUA